AGCUGCCCCAGCCGCCGGACUCGGAGCCCGGCGCCUGCUCCGCUGCGCCCGCCCGCCCGCGCGCCCUGCCCGCGGGCACAGGCCGGUCAGCGCGAGGCGGAGUCUGCGGCGAGAGACCCAGCAGCGGCACACACUUAAAUUACGUGCCCGGCGCCAGCAGCAGCAGCUCCGGCACGGAGGCACCGCAGCGCACCCGCCCCAGAGACCUCUGCUGCUGCUCGCCAUGGGAUCCGCCGCCGAGCAGCCGGGCAGGGCCCCGGGCCUCGUGUCCAGCCUGCUGAACGACACCCUCGAGUUCUACCGCUGGAGCUGGAGCAUCCGAGACAAACGUGUUGAUGACUGGUUCUUGAUGCAAUCUCCACUUCCAACACUGACUAUAAGCACUCUUUACCUCCUCACUGUCUGGUUGGGUCCCAAGUGGAUGAGGAGAAGAGAACCCUUCCAGUUGCGCUUCUUGCUGGUUAGCUACAACUUUGGAAUGGUUCUACUUAACUUCUAUAUUUUCAAAGAGCUAUUUUUGGCAUCCAGAGCUCGAGGAUACAGCUAUAUCUGCCAGACUGUGGAUUAUUCAGAUAAUAUUUAUGAAGUCAGGAUAGCUGGUGCUUUAUGGUGGUACUAUGUCUCAAAAGGAAUUGAGUACUUGGACACAAUAUUUUUCAUCUUGAGGAAGAAAUUUAACCAAAUCAGUUUCCUUCAUGUCUAUCACCAUUUCACUAUGUUCACCUUGUGGUGGAUUGGUAUCAAGUGGGUUCCAGGAGGACAAGCUUUUUUUGGAGCCCAAAUCAAUUCUUUUAUUCAUGUUGUUAUGUACAUGUACUACGGAUUAGCUGCCUGUGGCCCUAAAUUUCAGAAAUAUCUGUGGUGGAAACGAUACUUGACCAUAUUACAAUUGAUUCAGUUCCACGUGACUCUUGGCCACACAGCCAUGUCUAUUUAUAUCGACUGUCCCUUCCCUAAAUGGAUGCACUGGGGUGUAAUGAUCUAUGCUGUCACCUUUAUUUUCUUGUUUGGUAACUUCUACUAUCGGACAUAUAAAAUGCCCAAGGAACCCAUUAAGAAUGGCAAAAUAGUGAAUGGUGCUGUUGCAAACGGUGUAAACAAACUAGAAAACAAUCUAGUGGUGGAAAAUGGAAAAAAGCAGAAAAAGGGAAAAGCAAAAGGAGAGUAACUUAUCCAGGCCUUAACCAUUGCUAGCAGUGGGGAACCUCCAGUUUGGUUUAAAAAGAAAAAGAUAAAAAAAAGAAACAUAAUGUACCAAUUAACCCUUAGGUUACCGAAGAGCUAGAACACAGAUAUUUUCAUUAUUUAUGAAGAUUGUUUUAACAAAAAUACUUCAAGUUAAAUUUCUGUUAUAAUUAUGUAAUUAUCAAGCAUUUGAUGAUCUCUGUGUAAACUUUUAGACCGCGGAUGCUGGUGAUUGUAAGAAAGAAUUGCAGUAAAUAACAUGUUUUAGCAGUCCAAAGGUUAAUAUUACCAAUGAUCCAGUGAUUUGUUGAAGCCCACAUUUCUAUGUGGAAAAAGGCAGCUUUUGAAUAUUUCUGUUUCUGCCAGAAAUUUAUUAAAUUCCAAAUUAUGAUGUAUGUUUUUAUCUGAAAAUACAAGCUCUCAUUAUUAAUUAGAGAUAUCUCAAGACACAGUUAUGUUCACAGUUAUGAACAGAGUCUGUUGACUUAUCAGACUCUUUUUUGUUUUGAUUUAGUGUCUGCUACAAUUUUUCUUCGAUUGUGGAAAUAUACCUACCUCUUAAUCUGUUGAAAAGAACAUUUAACAUUAAAUAACUUUAAUUUCUGAAAUAUGCAGUCUUCUAAUAUAAAUGUCAGUUAAUGC